AUGGUGAAUAAGGCUAAAGCAGCGACAGACGAGUUGUGGCAACUAUUUAAUAAGGCUAUUACAGAGCAAGACAUGGAAAUUACUCGGAAAGACGAUCAAUACCUCAAAGUGUUGCAAGAAUCAGAAUCAAAGAUGUGUAAACGUAUGGAGUUGUGCGAGAAGCAAAUCAAUGAAUUAAAGGAAUUAAUGAUUAAAGCCUAUGAGAGAGAUGUUGUUAUGCUACGAAACUUGAAAACUCUUUUUCAAACUGAAAAAGACAAGAUCAUUAAAGAGAUGGCACUCUCCUCGGAGCAUGUAAAUGAAACAUUCAAACCUCUUGAAAAGUACUUUUCCAUGAUUAAGUAG